UAUUGGAUUGGUGUUCAAAGAGUUUUUCAGAGUUUUAUUUGUUUUUCCCAGUUUUCUGAUUCAAUCUUUCUCUACCAAGCGCCGUAGACUCUCUCUCUCUCUCUCUCGCUAUUAUAUCUCUGACUCUGAGCUUCGACGAUUCUCCUUCUCUCUCUAAGCCCUAAACCUCUCUUCCUUCUAUUCUCUCUCGCGGCCUAGACCUCUAAUUCUGCGCUCUGCGCUCGAGAAUCAAACUAGCUGUCGGUGACAACACAGAGCCUCUCAACCAUGUACGGAUCAAGAGGGGCAAUGUUUGGAAGCGGGGGGGUUUCGGACGGGUACGAGGUGGGCUCAAAGAGACAAAGAAUGAUGGAAUCAAAUCCGUACUUCGCAGUGAGCAGCAGCACGAGUGGGUUUCAACCUUAUGGCUAUGGUGCUGGCUUUCAUCAGCCUCCUUCCUUUCCUGUGGUUCGUCUGAGGGGGCUACCCUUCAACUGUACUGACAUCGACAUCUUCAAAUUUUUUGCGGGACUAGAUAUCGUGGACGUGUUGCUGGUCAACAAGAAUGGACGGUUCUCAGGAGAGGCCUUUGUCGUCUUUGCUGGAUCGAUGCAGGUUGAGUUUGCUCUACAGAGAGAUCGGCAGAACAUGGGGCGCAGGUAUGUGGAAGUUUUCAGGUGCAAAAGGGAGGAUUAUUACAAUGCUGUUGCAGCUGAGGUGAACUAUGAAGGAAUCUAUGACAAUGACUAUCAUGGAAGCCCUCCUCCAUCCCGGUCUAAGAGGUUCAGCGACAAGGAACAGAUGGAGUACACUGAAAUAUUGAAGAUGCGUGGUCUACCCUUCUCUGCGACAAAAUCAGAUAUUGUUGAAUUUUUUGGAGAAUUCAACCUUGCAGAAGAUAGGAUACAUAUUGCAUGCCGCCCUGAUGGGAAAGCUACAGGAGAGGCUUAUGUGGAGUUUUCCUCGGCAGAGGAAGCUAAAAAAGCAAUGUCCAAGGAUAAGAUGACAAUCGGGUCAAGGUAUGUGGAGCUGUUUCCGUCAACACCAGAUGAAGCUAGACGAGCCGAAUCCAGAUCAAGGCAGUGAUCUGGAUAUGAUACAUUUUCUAAUUGAUAUCCGUAUGUGAAGUUUUUGUUUGGCGACAAAACUUUUCUCUCUCUUUCUUUUGAGGUUUAUAGCUAGAAUAUUUUAGUGAUAUAUUGGUACCUUUUGAAAGUUUAUUUGAACCGUGGAGAUUAGGAGCAUAUAGAGUAUGUUUACUGGCAGUUACUGCUUUUGUUGGUGCUUA